AUGCAUUCGAUUGAUUUCACCGAGGUGAUCAUGAUGACUUUCGCAUUGACAAUGCUUUUGUGUGGAUUGAUCGCCGAACGACAAUCAUUUUUGGUCCCAUAUUUGGUUGUACAGGUCGUCAAAGUGAUCGGCUAUUUGAUUUUCAUUGUCACCUACGUUUUGGACAAGUUUUUCAACAUUUUAGAUGACAAAGAGAAGAGAGAUUUAUUCUCAAAGAAAAAUGUCACAAUGACCUCAUCGGAAGAAAUAGACGAAGAAGAGGUCGAAGAAUGGAUUCAUCAGAAUCCCGGUUGGUUCUUCGGGACGGUUCUCGGCAUUAAUUGUCUCUUCCUCGUCAUCGCCAUCAUCGCCGUUUAUGUCGUGAUCAAAUGUCGAAAAUACUUCAACGAUCUGCACUCUCAUCUUCAACGACAAUCAUCUUCCGUCUAUGCAUCAAGCACAAAUCCCUAUGCAACAUAUCAA